GACACGUCGAAGGUUACACCCGAGUGGUUCAUUCCGUGGUACGAGCUGGUUGUCGACGAGUGGAAUUGUCUGGGUGAAGGAGGUUUUGGGAGCGUGUAUCGAGCUAAGUGGCUGGACUCGGACGUUGUGGUCAAGCGAAGAGCAGAGACCGUGGCAAUAUUCCGUCGCGAGGUCGAAAUUUGGUUUAGUUUGAGCCACCCGCACGUCGUUCGGCUCUUCGGCGCGUGCCAUGUAGGCAGACCGUUCUUCGUCUGCGAAUACGCCACACACGGGACCUUGGUCAGCUUCUUGCGAAAGCAUCCCGGGGAAAUAUGGACGAAAUUGCACGAGUCAGCACUGGGGGUUCAGUAUCUGCACGCUCGAGGCGUCGUGCACGGGGACCUGAAAGGGAACAACAUUGUCAUCGGGAGCGACAUGAAGGCGAAAGUGACGGACUUCGGCCUGAGUUCGGUAGCAAGUGGUGAGGACAAGACAUCGAGCACAAAUACUUCCGAUGUUGUUGGAUCCAUGCGCUGGCAGGCCCCCGAGGUUCUGGAGGGAAUGGCGCCGUCAUUUGAGUCGGACGUUUAUUCAUUAGGAAUGUGCAUACUGGAGGCUGCAACCUGGAAGCAACCAUGGGGCGAUACGGAUCAUUGGGCCGUUAGGCACUUUAAAGGGGAAUACCACGCAACACACGGAGAGUUGCCGUCUCGACCUCGGAUCUGCGAGGACGAUCAGUGGGGGCUUAUCCAAAGAAUGUGCGCGCUGGAGCCUGACAAACGGAUCAAGAUCUCGACGGUAGUGGAUGAGCUGGCAGUG